AUGGAAGGUUAUUCACAAAAAUGGCUUAUGCAAAGAGGAGAAGAAAUAAAUCAUGGAAAUUCUGAGGAAAAAAAGCUUGAGUUAAGGCUUGGUCCUCCAAAUGGAGAUUGGUCAUGUGGUGAGAAGGAUGAGUCGUUUUAUCCUUUUAGUUACAUGUCAACAACAAAGGGUAACAACAGGGAUAAUCAUGCCCAAAAUUUUUCAUCAUUUCUUCAGCUUCAAUCAACGGCACAGAAGCAAAGCCAGAGGGUACAGGAAUCAGUUUGCACAAAAACAGCAGAUUUGCAGAGCACAGAAAAGAAAAAAGCAUUUUCACAAACAGCUACUGUGCAGAACAGCGCUCAGAAAAGGACUGCACCAGCACCAGUUGUAGGUUGGCCUCCAAUUCGUUCCUUUAGGAAGAAUCUUGCAAGUAGCAGCUCUGUGAAAUCUGCAAGUGAGACACAAAAUGUGGUCCCAAAUAAGAGUGCCAACAAAAAACCAAUGGAAAUUUGUCAGAAGGGAUUAUUUGUAAAGAUCAACAUGGAUGGUAUUCCUAUUGGAAGGAAAGUAGAUCUCAAAGCUUAUGACAGCUAUCACAAACUCUCUUCUGCUGUUGAUCAACUUUUUAGAGGACUUGUUGCUGCUCAAAAUGAUUCAUCUGCUGGUGGGAAUAAUGAGAAGAAGGAAGACGAGGAGAAAGCGAUAAGUGGUUUAUUGGAUGGAAGUGGGGAAUAUACUCUUGUAUAUGAGGAUAAUGAAGGUGACAGGAUGCUUGUUGGGGAUGUCCCUUGGCACAUGUUUGUGUCUACUGUGAAAAGGCUGCGUGUGUUGAAAAGCUCUGAACUCUCUACACUUACUCGUGCAACUAAGCAGCUGACCUAA